AUGGUAUCAUUUCGUUCAUUGAAUACCUGUUGUCAAUACGUCCACAGUGAUAUAUACAUUGGACUACUUAUCAAUAAGAUGACCGUUCCAACUUCACAUGAUGACAACUUCCAAGUACGAUUUGAUUUUGAAGAAGAAUAUAAAGAACUCAAUGCUCAGUUGGAUGCGUUAGCAACUUGUCUAGAUAUAUUAGAGGCGAAAAGUAAAAAGCUAUGCGAUGAGGCCAAACACUUGGUGAUUGAAUGUAAAGUGCAAAGAAAUGAAAUACCUUGAUCAAUUUCAAUAGUAUUUCCUGAGUUGAUUCAGCUCCGCUGUUUCUAUUUAUUUUACAUAUGGGAUACUUUUGUCAUAUUUUUGCCUUGAUUAUUUAUCAUAACUUUGUGUUUGAUUAACUGUAUUAUGUAGAUACAUGUAUGUGUAUCCAAUCCUAAGAAACAAUAAUGAUCA